UUGUGUGAGCUAUUACUCCCUGCCAUUAUGUUCGAGGAGUCCGUUACUUCACUGAGGAACUACAUUCAAGAUCGUACAAAUGGAGAAUGCACUCCGCCUUGGAACUGGCUGUUUAUCAAACUCGCCUCUCUUCUCUCUCGUUAUCCUUCGGGAAUCACCAAGGCGAUUAUCUUGGCAGAGAUUCAACAAUCGUGGAACCAACAUAGUCAAUUUCAGGGACUUCUGGAGGAACAGAAAGCGCGUAAGGUAUCUGUUGAGUCCGUUUUUGAAAGCAGGCGCAUAGGAUACGAAUCAAUCCUUGAAGCAGUCGUAGAAAAUAUUGAAACGGUUCCAGGAACUCACACCAAAAUUGCUAUUUUGCGAGAUCCGGCAAGAGGCAGAAAUAGUUUGGGAAUGCAUCUACAUCAAAAACUUUAUCAUUUGAACGAAUCUCGCGUCAAAAAACUCACCCUGCGUUUCACUAGCUGUCGUUUAAUUCAGAGGAAAAGUUUGAGUUUAUCUUCGGCCAGUCACAAAGUCCACCUUCUGCCUUCAGAAAAUGUGGUGAUUUUGUCCCAGCAAGACGAACUAUCGCAGUUUGGAUUGUUUGGCUCGCUCGAAGGAAUAAAUGAAAGUCCUUAUCCCCACUAUGGCCACAAUAUUAAAGUUGAAGUCGCCGAUUUAGGCUUUGAGGAAGCAGUCCACUUUCCCAAUGGCCAGACAAGUAACAAGAGAUGCGUGAAAGUAGUUGAUUCUGAAGACGUUCAUGUGAAUUUAUACCUCUGGGAUGAACAACUCCCUCUAGCAAACCUGUUCAAAGAAGGCGACAUACUGGCUAUCCAGCAACCCUUUGUGGUCCCAAAUCAGGAUGAAUUGUUUUUCCUAGAAUAUGGUCCAGCUACAGUCAUAUUUUGCAUGUCACAUGCCCCAGAACGUGAAAUAAUUCCAAGCCAAGAUUCCUGUACCCAGGGGGCCCCUGUAAGUGUUAUAAGAGACAGUCAAGGGAUGUUAGACUAUUCAACCUUUCCUGAAAGAGUGUUUUUGAGAGACAUCAAAUCAAACAUGACACGGGUGACGGUAUUCUGUACCAUAACCAAAGUGAAUGCCAUGGAAGUUUUCUCACGACAGCAAGUUGCAGGACACAAGUUCACCAUAACCGUCACAGAUGCUACUGAUAGUUAUACUGUUACCAUUUAUGAUCACAACAGAAGUUAUCAUGAUUCACUUUUUGCCAGCCAAAAUGUUUUGUUGGAAAAUGCUUGUACUCCAGAUGCAAGUUCAUUAAAAUCCUUAACCUUGAAGACAAACAAUGGUGGAAGAAUCUGGAAUCUUAGUGCAAUGACAGGCUGGCUGGCGACCAAGUACUUUUCAUCUCCGGUGCCUGUCAAAGAUGUUGUCAAGUUUUAUCACUGUGUGUGUCAAGCCGUUGUCAUUCAAGUUCACGGUAUCAGAGGGAGACAUGCUGUUAGAGCUCACAUGUCAUGCCACAGUGAAGUGGAAAGUAACUGUGGCUAUUUCCUCUGCAAGAACUGCAAAGUUACUCAUUUGAAUGAAACUCUCAACAAGCCUCAUCAGCUGAAAUCCCCAUCAAUGUACUGGAAAUGGCAGUAUACUCUGAGUCUUGAGUUGCAUGACUCAGACAAGAGCGUAUCUCUAACAGACAUUGCUGCAGAACAGCUUCUACAAAUAACAGCUUCACAGUUUGUUGAACAUGUUGCAAAUGCUCAAGAGCAAGUGUUGGAAUCUGUCCUUGGCCAAGAAUGUUUGUUUGGUAUUUCAUCCUUUCAAGGACAUUAUCAGAUCAAUGCUAUUUGUCUCAUAAAUUGACAGCAAAAACUGUGAAAGGCAAUGCUAAGACUGCACAUUAUACAAACCUUCCACUGUAUUGCUACUUAUCAUAUUGUGAACCUCUUUAAUAACAGGUGGGAUAUUUAUUCAAAGGUUGUAAUGGUUAUGUACAUUUAACAAUUAUUCCACGAGCGCGCAUUGGAUAUGAGAUGAUAGAUAGCCAACGAAGCGCGUAAAGUAUAAAAUUUUAUUAAAUUUUUAGCUCCCUUUUAAUAUUAAGCAGACACUUACGAUGGCCAUAUUUGUAGAUUAUGGUAUAUUGGCUGAUAUACCAUAAGGGCUAAGCCAAUAAAAAGUCUUGAAUUGCAUUAUC